AUGGAUAAAAAUGGAUAUCCUCAAUAUCGCAGAAGAAACACUGAAUUAUUGGAGAUGUUUAAUUGUCACAUGAAUGUAGAAGCUGUUUCAAGUGUUUCAGCUGUAAGGUAUUUAUACAAAUAUAUAUACAAAGGACAUGAUGCUGCUUCAGUAACAAUAGGAGAAUCAGAGGGAAAUAGUAUAGUUGAUCAUGAUGAAAUUAAAAACUUCAUUGAAACUCGCUACGUCGGACCUGUUGAAGUUUGUUAUCGUAUUUUAAGUAAACCAGUACAAGAAAAUGUAGACGAUCCAGUUAUAAUGAAUAAUUUAAAUAAUUCAAGCAGCAUGCUUCUUGAUUAUUUUAAAUUAAACAUUAGCAAUGAAAACGCUCGACAAAAUUUUUAUUCUGAAAUCCCAACUUAUUUCACGUACAAAAAAACUAAAAAUGGUAAUGUGACUACAACUUCAUGGAAUAGUCGAAAACAAAGAUUCAAUUGUAUUGGGCGUAUGUUUUCUAUAAGUCCAACUCAAGUAGAAUUAUUUUACUUGAGAUUAUUAUUGCUACAUAUUAAGGGCAAUACGAGUUAUAAUGACUUAAAAACGGUUGAUGGCAUUCUACAACCUUCCUUUACAGCAACGUGCUUAACUUUGAGAGUUAUUGAAGACGAUGAUGAGUGGAUUAAAGCAAUGAACGAAGCUACGGUAUGGAUGAUGCCACAAAGACUUCAACUUUUGUUUGUUCGUAUAUUGAUACAUUGCCAACCUAUUCAUCCUGAAGAAUUAUGGGAAAAUUUUAAAGAUGCUAUGUCAGAAGACUAUUCACGAACAAACGAUAAGAAAAUAAGUCAUCAACUAGCUUACAGCCAAAUUAACAAUUUAUUAAAUAGAGAAGGACGAAGUUUAGCUGAUUUUCCUACAAUGGAACAAUCUGUGAUUGCCAAUGCCUUAAGUGAUACAAAUGAUGUUACAGUUGAACAAGCAUCAGAAAGAGGUUAUUCGCAGUACGAUAAAUUAAAUAACGAACAAAAAGAAAUAGUUGAUAAAAUUCUAACGGUUUUACGAGAAGAAAAUAUUCAUAAUUCAACAUGUUUCUUCUUGAAAGGACCCGGAGGAUCCAGAAAAACAUUUGUGUACACAACAAUUUAUAAUAUUUUAUUUUCUGAAAAUAUUAAAGUAUGUUCUAUGGCAUUUACUGAAAUAGCAGCAACUUUACUUCCAAAUGGUGGAGAUUUUAGACAACUGCUUCCAAUUAAAGUACGUGGAACUCGUAGCGAAAUUUUAAACUUGUCCAUAAAAUAUAGCAAUUUAUGGAAAUACUUUUUACAAAUCAAGUUGACAACGAAUAUGAGAGUAUUACCACAAGAAGCUCAGUUUGUUACAUUCUUGUUAAACGUAGGUGAUGCAAGAAAUAUUGAUGUUAAUGAUAUCAACGAACAAGUGACCGAUUUAUUAGAUAAAACUACCGAACAUGUAUAUACUGGGGUUGAAACUACUGAUAAUUGUGAUAAUGGUGAAUUUGAUUCCGGUGCUCUUUUACCUGAAUAUUUAAAUUCUUUCAAUCCUCCAAGCUUGCCUCCAUAUAAAUUACGUUUAAGAAAAAAUUGCAUUAUAACGUUAAUAAGGAAUAUUAGUAUUAAUGAAGUAUUAUUCACGGAAUACACUUUCAGGCAAGUAAGCCUCGGCGAUUAG